AUGCCGCCGCGGAAAUCAGACGGUUCACCGCGGCUUGUGGCAUCGCCCUCAAGGUCUGGGCUCUUCAUGGACCACAAAAUCCCAGUGAGGAAUCAGGAUGUAACGCCAGCCAGCUGCUCUACCGAUCUGGAGAUGGCACAGGCACGGUGGGAGGCACUGGUGCAGAUGAUCGAGCUUGAAGAGCAGUGCCGCGCGAGGGAUGUGGCAGAGCUGCGGAUGCUCAUAGAGCAGAGCAUCCGAGGUCGAAGAUGGGAGGUCGAUGUUUCUCUUCGUCUUGCCUAUGAGGGUGAUGUCUUGGUCUUCGUCGGGUCGAAGAACGAAUACACAGCCCCGCUCAGACUUGGCUUUUUCGCAUGCUUCAAAUCGCAAAAGACCCAAGCAGGCUGGAUGGGCAGCGCCGGGGGCUUGCUGAACGUGCCCUACACGAUCCGACGGUUCGAUUAUUUGACCUGCAAGAUGAGGGCGCAAAAGACACAACUCACGAUGUCCCUGAAAGCUUUUGAGGCUAGACCAGUGGUGCCUCGAGUACCGGCAACCGACGCAGGAAAGCUACGCGAACGCAUGCUGCAGAUCAUCCAGACCGUGAAUGCGGGCAAGGUGAAGGUCGUCCUCAGGUUUGCUCCCCGCCGCACUUUGGACUUGGACGUGGAAUACACGACUGGGAGGACUUGGAUCAAGGAGGUACUUAGGGAUGUCCGGGGAUGGAAGCACUACGAUCUGGCAGGGAGGUGCAUACAAAUUAAGAAGGGUUCCUGGUACAAGCUUCAGCAUCUUGAACGCCCGCUGGAAUUGCGGGUGGGGAUUGCUCACUUUACCCUGUUCGGAUGGCGCAAGGACCGGGAUGGGGUCACUAAAGACGGCAAGGGCAACAUCUUCCCUAAAGCGUUGGUCGAGAGGGGACUCGCAAUGGGGGUGCCGUCGCCAUGCCAGUUCCGCACUCCCACAAGCAGGCCAAGGCAGGCAGCCAGGCACGGGCAAUGCAUUGACGUCAUGGCAUUCGGUCACAUGCGCUUGUUCUCGUGGCAAAUUCAUGUGGAUUCGCACCUCACCAUUGGCGCGGAUCAUGAGCUUUGUGAGUCUUGCUUUGUCCUCAGCCAGCUUCAUGAAGCAGGGAUGCAAUGCCGGGAGGCCAGGUCGACCUGUACUCCCAGACCUCAACAUUCCAUGACUCACACUCAAGCUAUCAUCAUGUGGCGGUACCUCCUGUUCAACAACACGGUGUUGGGCAGGAGAUCGCUGGAAACUGCCGGAGACGUUUCUCCCCAAGGCCAUGUUGCGGGAUGUCAGUAUCCAGCACGAACGCAUGUGCCAGCAGAAUCGGCGCUUGUCGACAGUGACACCACCGGCACCGCUCGUGAAGAUAACGAGGAGAUCUUGAUGCAGACCUAUGCGGUGGCCGCGGGACUCUGGUGGUCACAGCUGCAAGGGCUACUGGUCGCCAUGGCAGCGGAGACUACGGAGACCAUGCAACCGAUGGACCAGACUGAGCUGGCGGACAGGGACUUGGAGCACUUGAUACAGGACGAAGCCGGAGAACGUGAGUGGCAGAGGCAACGUGAGGCAAAGGAGGAGGAGGAGGCGGCGGCCUCCGGGUCGGGUGACCGCCCCAGAGUCCAACACACGCUGGCCUGGGAGGUUCCGAUGGCAGGGGUCAAGAAAAAAGCAGCGGCCGAGCCCAGGCACUCCAGCUUGACCGUGAACACUGUCACGCAGCCUGAAAUGCUUCCAUGGCUGGACUUCAGUGGGUAUGAAGCCAAGAUGAACGGACGGAUGUGGCAAAGGGUUCCCAUCAAGGAUGAGCAGUACCAGGGUGAGAGCAGGAAGCGCAGACAUCGCAGCUUCAAGCAGCGCUGGCUGCGCUGCUUGCUGGCAGAGGAUUCCGUGCCUGAAAAGACAUUCAAAAGCAUCCUGGAUGAGCUGCAGGCCACGCGGGACGAGGCCACCACGGCUCUCCGAAGGACGUCUGCUCGGCUCAUGGAGGACUUCGAAACCAAGUUGGAGGCCGUGAAGCGUCUCAUUACUACGGUUCCCGGUCAAAGCCUCGACAAGACGCAAGAGGUGCAGAUUCAGGGCAUCAGUCUCGGGAGACGUACUGUCAGCCGCGAGAGAGUGCACGACAGGCAGGACAGUAUCGUGGCUUCUACGCGAACACUGUCCCAUACCGCUACCCCUCCUGGUGCAAACAUCAGCAAGCAGGCAUAUGCCCACUGUGGGCAGGCACAGACGGGCAAAAAAGCACACAGCAUUCAAGUGCCGGUUCCUGACUCGGAUGGCCGCUUGGUGGUACCCCCGGCCAUGCCCAAAAAGCAGAAUCAAACUUCGAACAUCGCGCUGCCUCCGUCCAACUGCUGUGGCUGCAUGGACGGCUCCUGCGCGAGCUGUGCUGGCCGCAACACUCUGGGCAGCUGUCCGCCCGGGAGACCUGUGGAGGCCAAAAGCAUCUUCGUAGAUCCCAGCCGGGUGCCGCUGGCAGCUGCCCCUGUGCCGUCGGCAUCUGCUUCGAGGGUGUUGUGGUCCCCACAAAUAUCGUGCCGAUCUGUCAACACGCCUGCCAGCCCGAUCUUCUCGAGCCGGGAGACGACAGCUUUUGCAGUGAAGCCUCCCUCUCCGCCUUCCCGCAUGCGCAACGUCUCGCCUGCCGCGUUUUCGCGGCCUCUGCAGGAGGCAGAAGCGUACAUCGGAACUCCUGUGGUGGCUUUCCCUCGGGCCUACUGGAUGCCAACGGAGGCCGACAAGGGCACUAUUGCCUUGCGGCGGUGGCUUGAUAAGAACGGUGGCAUCGCCUGGAGCCCAGGUGUCGACACGGACAUGGCAGCGAUGCCUGAUAAGCACCUGCUUUUCGACACCUACAAGACGCAUACAUCCCAGUGCACAAGCUGCCAGAAAGCCUUGAGGUGGACUAACAGGCUGAACAAGGUGUUCAAGUACUCGGCCUUGGCGUGCGUUUCGGCAGGCAUUGUGGGCACUGUCUCCUGGCCCCUGGUCGCCUCGGGGGCGGCUUUGGGCGGUGCGACGUUGGCCACCGAAAAGGUUGUGCCGCAGACGAUCGGUGCUGACCUUCAUGAGGAACCGCGGUCCGAUGGCGAGAAUAGCAGCGAGGCCGACUUGGCUUUGAAUGUGGUGCCUUCGGAGAAGAGCGGCCGAGACAUCAAUCGCACAAGGCGGAAGCAUCAAGCGCACGAGGAAACCCUCGCAAAGGACGAGGGCAACUCCUUCGGCAGUGACGAGGAGCAGGAAGAAGCGCGGUUGCUCGAAGAGGCGAGCGGGGCCAAGAGCCACGCUCAACAUCACGCGCAGGAGGACCAUGCGAAGAUGAGUCGAAAGGACGCAGCCACUAAUCUCGUGACUUGCAUGGUGGGUGCGAGCGUGCUGAGCCUACCUCGCAUGGUGGCGAACAAUGGCUGGGUGCUGGGUCCAGCGAUGGUUGUCUUUGCCGGGGCGGUGUCCUACCACGCUUGCAUGCUUGUGGACCGCGCACUCGAGGCCAUAGCUGUCGCGCACGGCACUCAUCCCAGAAAUAUCGGUGACGUCGUCCAGGAGUGCUUCGGCCAGAGUGGUAGACGUGUAGUUCUCAUUCUGACUGGCGUCUUUCAAAUCAGCAAGUGUGGUGUGUACUUCGUGGUUAUUGGGACCAACCUCAACUACAUCGCUGGCUGGGUCUCGCAGCGUGUUUGGGCAGUAACAGGUGCGGUUCUGUGCAUGCGAUUAAUCUUCGUGCGGGACAUCACGGUGAUAUCCAGAUGGUCUGUCAUUGGUGUGGUGGCAUCCCUUUGCUACCUUUUCACAAUCACUGCCGGAGGCUUUCAAGCGGCAGGGCGUCCUGGUGAGCACGGCUCAGCAAGAUGGCCUGAGAGCUACAGCGACAUUUUGGCGGAUUUUGCCGUCAUGGUCUACGCAUAUUCUCCAGCAGACGUGCUGCCCGUCAUGAAGCACGACAUGAAGGAGCCGCAGCAGUUGUGCUGGGCUUUGCGAAUAUCCUUUCUCGCCGUCACCGGCAUCUAUGUCGGGCUGGGCUGUGUGGCUUUCCUUGGUUGGGGCGAAGAUGUUGCCGGCAACAUUCUGCUUUCGAUGUGUGAGCGCCCUGGCUGCCCUGGGAGUGUCCCGGAAACCGAGACUCCGGGGCAGAAGUGGAUGCUUGGAUACCUUCUGGCUUGCGCUGUGGUCUCCAACCUCAUGGUUACGGCUCCGGUGGUGCUGUACUGCGUUUUUCGAGUUCUCGAAGCCGAGCACUCCCAUUUGCUGUCCAAUGCCGUCGUCAAUGGGAGUCUACGAGUUGUGGCCGUGAUGGGUGCUCUGAUGGUGGCCUUGUUCAUGCCAUACUUCACAGAAGUUCUGGCCGUGAUCUCCACUGGUUUGCUAACAAUUCUGCAGGUCUUCGUG